AAAAUAUGCUUGCUUUCAUGUGCCGGUGUGUUGUUGGUUGAAAGUCCAGUUCUGUUCUUGCCAAUUCCCAUCACCAUCGUUGUGAAUUUUAUUUUAGUAUUUUUGUUGUUGGUAAAGACCAUCGUUGUCAAUUUUACAGCUUUACUUGCUACAGCCACUCUCUCUCUCUCUCUCUCUCUCUCUCUCUCUCUCUCUCUCUCUCUCUCUCCAUCAUUGUCAAUUGUACAGCUUUAUUCACUUGAACCAGUCUCUCUCUCUCUCUGAUCCCUCCAUAAAGAGCGCGCCAUUUGCCAUCUGGGUGUGUUGGGAAAGUUUUUCUUUUGGGAAAGUUCCAAAAGAAAAACUUCUUCCAUGGUCAAAACCCAACCUUCAUGCUGUGAUCUCUGUUUUUGUGCUCUGUUUUGAUCUGGGUUUUCAUAAUUUCGCUCUCCAAAUAUGACUUUAGAGGAAAUUAAAGGAAGUUUAGGGGGUGAAAAUGAUAAAUUCCCAGUGGGUAUGCGGGUUCUUGCCGUUGAUGAUGACAGAACUUGGCUGAGGAUAUUAGACGAAUUACUAAAGAAAUGCCAUUAUCACGUCACAACAACUAGUCAGGCAAAAGCGGCUUUGAAAAUGUUACGGGAAAACAAAAACAGAUUCGACCUAGUUAUCAGCGAUGUGCAUAUGCCGGAUAUGGAUGGUUUCAAGCUCCUAGAGCUCGUGGGCCUUGAAAUGGACCUACCUGUCAUUAUGCUGUCAGGAAAUGGCGAUCCCAAGCUUGUGAUGAAGGGGAUUACACACGGUGCUUGUGACUAUUUGGUGAAACCUGUUCGAAUCGAGGAGCUGAGAAACAUAUGGCAACAUGUUAUCAGGAAAAAGAAGUUUGAUUCUAAAAGUGAAAACAAUUCCAACGCUCAAGACAAGGGUCACCAAGCAGGUGGACAAGCGCAUUCGCCUGAUGGGGCCACUGAUCAAACUAGGAAGGCAAGUAGAAAAAGAAAGGAAGAUGAGGAAGAAGAACAAGAAGAGGAAGAAGGUGAAGAGAAUGGACAUGAAAAUGAGGACCCGGCUACCCAGAAGAAGCCUCGGGUCGUUUGGUCCAUAGAGCUUCACAGAAAGUUUGUUGCAGCUGUUAACCAAUUGGGCAUCGAAAAAGCUGUUCCUAAAAGGAUUCUUGACAUGAUGAAUGUUGAAGGGCUUACAAGGGAAAACGUGGCAAGCCAUCUUCAGAAAUAUAGGCUUUACCUGAAACGAAUCAGUUCAGAGGCCACACAGCAAGCAAACAUGGUUGCUGCAUUUGGGGGUAAAGAUGCUUCUUAUAUGCGCAUGAGUUCACUAGGUGGGCUUGGAGAUUUUCGCACAUGGGCUGGACCUGGGCGAUAUUCAAAUUCCAACAUAUCACCAUAUCAAACAGGUGGAAUUCUAGGUAGAUUGAAUAGCCCUGCUGGAGUGAACCUCCGUAGCCUUUCUUCUUCUGCACCAUUCCAACCUGGCCAUGCCCAAAACUUAACCACCCUUGGGAAGCUCCAGCCAGUUGUUUGGCCGUCAAACCAAAACCCCAGUUUAUUUCAAGGGGUUCCCACAUCCUUGGGGCUUGGCCCAUUUCAACCAGGUGGUGCUUCGAGCAGUCCUUUCACUGUACAUGGAAAUGGACAACACCUGCAAGAUGGGGGCCUAUUUAGUAGUCAACCUUCUUUCAAAGUGGGUUCACUGACUUCAGAACCUUUUAACACUGCCGUUGGUGGUUCUAAUGAAAGCUGGCAUAGUACAGUUGAAGUGCCAAACUACUCGCCAAAUUCUUUGUCAUUGAGUGGACCUUUCGAUCACGAUCGGCUGACUCCAAAUAGCAUGAGGAGCAACAAUUCUUCCAUGGCUGCACAUAUUCAGAAUGGUCCACUUGAUUUUUCUUCUACCAAUUCUAUUUCAGCACCCAUGGAGGAUUCAAGAGGAGAGAUUCAUUUCCAAGCAGGAUCUGUUGGUAAUGGUGUUCGAAAUAUGAACCAAGAAACGGCCAAGAGGUGGGACUCAAAUCAGAUUUUCAGUCCUUUCAACUCUGUGGUUCCUGCCAAUGGUGUUGUGUCCCCCUUAAGCCAGAGUAUGGGUCAAACCAAUGGAGUCUUCCAUAGAAAGACUGAUCCAGCGUUGGUCAGCCGAUCACAUAGCAGUGCUCCAACUCUUGCACAGCACAUUGGGAUUGAGAAAUCAUUUAUGGACCCAAAGAUGAGGUCCAAUGAAGACUACACUUCGGAGCAAACCAAGUCACUGGGUGGUCAUGUUCAUGGCGGCUAUGAGUCCUUGGAUGAUAUAAUGAAUGCAAUGAUCAAACGGGAACAAGAAGGAUCAUUGGAUGGAGAAUUUGGAUUUGGUGCUUACACAUUCGGAUAAUGCUCGGAAGACACUUGUAGCUGUUGAAUCUCAGAGAAGAGGGAGAGCCUCAGCAGUAAAGUUUACUACUCUGAGGAAUCUGUAACAUUGUGUAAUUAGUAGUUUUCUUUCUGUUCCUUUCCUUUUCCUUGUUCUUUUAGUGCACGGUUUUUUAUUUCCCUCUUGUACCAAAGUUUGAUUCCAUGCCUACAAUUGCUAAUGUUUGUUCUAGAUUUUGUUGGAACGAUGACCUAAGAAGUUCUUGACAUCUGAAGGAUUUUCUUUUGUUUUUCA